AAAGCGGAGCUGAAACAAGGAGACGACUGUCCUUCACAGGAAAAACAGCAUUUCUUUGCGACAACCACUUGAAAGUGAAUCUGAAAUCUGCAGAUUUGAGCUCCACACUGAAGAUCGCCAAGAGACGAUAUGGCUUAUCAUCGAAUCACGUGGCAGAUUGGAAUUUUAGCCUUACUUUUGGUCAUCUACGUCUUCCCAGAUGGAUCAAGUGGAAACAAACUCAGAAAAAUGUUGGCAAAGAGAGAAGAGUGUACAGUAAAAAGAAAAAGUCAAUCUGCUGGAUUACAACUAGUGGAAGAAAAGCCUGCCAUUGCAGUACCAGCCUCUAAAGCCAAAGAAUUUCUCAACACUCUGAAGCGAUCCAAAAGACAGUUGUGGGACCGAAGUCAGCCAGAUGUUCAGCAGUGGAUUCAGCAGUUCAUGUACAUGGGCUUUGAUGAGACUAGAUUUGAGACGGACCUUUCUUACUGGAUGGAUCGAGGCCGAAAUAACCACGAUUACUAUGGGUACCAACAUCAUUAUGACGAGAACGCUCCAAUCGGACCGCGUGACCCAUACAGCUUUAGGCACGGCGCUGGAGUGAACUAUGAUGACUACUAAGGACUACCUGUGUCACCUUGCAGCAGUGUAUAAGCGUGGGUGACGGGUAUUAAUCCUUUAUUAAGCACAACACAGUGGUUUUGUACUUAAAUGCAAGCGCUAACGUGCUGGAAAUCAUGUACAUCAUCUUUUUUGGUUGUUUUUUUCCCUUAUUAAACCAUGAGAUAGGACACAAGCCUUAAAAUGUGCACACUCUGGCCAACAUUAUAUACAAAUUUGCUUGAGAAAUAUGUAUGAUUUGAAAAACACACUUAAGAACACAUGUCUUUGUUAAGAAUGUCCAACUUUCUUUCUUAUUCAAAAUAUAUCUUUGUUCCUUUUGUACCUUGGCAAUAUAUAUAUAUAUAUAUAUAUAUAUAUAUAUAUAUAUAUAUAUAUAUAUAUAUAUAUAUAUAUAUAUAUAUAUAUAUAUAUAUAUACAUACACACACACUCUUGUAUAAAAUGCUAAAGGGCAGGUGAACGAAGUUCAAUGUGCUUUAACAGAAACAGCAGAGAAGAGAAACACUGGAGAUGCGUGCCAAUCCAAAUGAAUGAAUUUAUUCACAAUAAACCCUACUGCCUCUA